CCCACCUGAGCAGAGGGAAACACAGAAGUGAAACCUUAACUGGUUAAUCUUGUUGGCUGUAAUUUUUCUGCUUACUGCAGCCUCGGCCUGUGCUCAGAUCUACCGGCUGUGAACUCGUUUCUCCUCCCCUUUUCUCCUUCACUCGUUCAGCUGUCACUCCGCCUGUCACUCUCAGGAUAUCCCCUUGCUUCUCUCUAGGGUUUCAUAAUGCACCAGGAUCUCAUUCAGAGGCAGGGGUGGAUUUCAUCCCACUGUUUUCUCCCUGUUUGAGAGUAUGGACGAGUCAUGAGUGCCACUUCGGCAUGAAUCCACGGACUGAAGUAAUGGAAAUAACGAAAGGUCACAGGCCUCACAGAGCCUCAAAAUCACCUUUGAAAAGCUAGACACAAAGCAGUUACUGAUCUUUUGGCAGCGUUAGUCAGGCAGGUUUUUUUGUGUGUGCAUUUCUUGGAUCGACUGGAUAUCCACUCAUGGGAAAUGCGGCAGGAAGCACGGAGGUACCCCAGAGGAAGGAGGCAAAGACGGCGUUGGCCCCUCUGGGCUCCCAGAAACAAACCAAGGGACUGAAACUCCCGAUGCCACCUGAAGAGGAACUGGAGCAUCGCUUCAGUGCAGUGCUGAACACGAUGAAUCUUCCUCCAGACAAGGUGAAGAUCCUCAGUCAGUACGACAGCGAGAAGAAGUGGGAGCUGAUCUGUGACCAGGAGAGGUUUCAAGUGAAGAAUCCGCCAUCUGCGUACCUGGACAAGCUGAGGAGUUACCUGGAUCACGGAGGAGUCAGUCGAAAGUUUAAGAGACGAGUGCAGGAAUCCACGCAGAUCCUCAGAGAGCUGGAGAUUUCCCUGAGGACCAAUUAUAUAGGCUGGGCUCAGGAGUUCCUGAACGAGGAAAAUCAAGGCUUAGAUGUUCUUGUGGAUUAUUUGUCCUUCGCCCACAGUGCUGUCACGUGCGAUGCGGACACGUUGGACGAUGGGACGCCGCCCGCAGACAAAAACAACACUGUGGACAAGUCAGCGGAGGAUGUGAGCAGAAGUGCCACUAACUCACCCACUCACGGUGCCUUGAAGGCCAGUAGGGCCUUCACAGUCAGGAAAGUCCUGAGGAGCUCUCGAGUCGCGAGCCAGACGGACGACGUUCACCUCUGCAUCAUGUGUUUACGUGCCAUCAUGAACUACCAGACUGGCUUCAGCCUGGUGAUGAAGCAUCCCUGCUGCGUCAACGAGAUCACGCUCAGCCUGAACAACAGGAACCUGAGGACCAAAGCGCUGGUGCUGGAGCUGCUGGCCGCCGUCUGCCUGGUGAGAGGAGGCCACGACAUCAUCCUGUCCGCCUUUGACAACUUCAAAGAGACGUGUGGAGAGAAAAGCCGAUUCGAGAAGCUAAUGGAGUAUUUCUACAAGGAAGAUGGCAACAUCGACUUCAUGGUGGCCUGCAUGCAGUUCAUCAACAUCGUGGUCCACUCAGUGGAAAACAUGAACUUCAGGGUCCACCUGCAGUACGAGUUCACUCGUCACGGGCUGGAUGACUACCUCGAGAAGUUGAAGUUCACAGAGAGCGACAGGCUGCUGGUGCAGAUUCAGGCCUAUCUGGACAACGUGUUUGACGUGGGAGCUCUGCUGGAGGACGCAGAGGCCAAAAACACUCUGCUGGAACACAUGGAGGAGCUGCAGGAACACAACACGCAGCUGAGCACCAGGCUUCAGGAGACUGAGAGGGAGGCCAUGGAGAAGGUCUCAGAUCUGGAGAAGAAGCUCCUUCAGACCACAAAAGAAGUGGAGCUCCUGAAGGAGGGUCUGCGCGAGUCGAGCUCUCAGGUCGCUCUUCUGCAGCGGCGAGAGCAAGAGAGAGAGCGUGAACGUGAGAAGGAGAAGGAGAGAGAGAGAGACCAGGACCGGUCCACCCAGUCCCUGAGGGAGCUGGAGUCCGGGGUCCAGGCUCUGGUGGACCAGGGGCUGGUCCGAAUGCUGCGCUCCUCCUCCGGACGCCUGGACAUCCAGGUGGUCCCGGUCAUCCAGGACGUGACACAGGAAGCUAAAGAAGAAACUGAUUCAGGAGAGGACCAGCAGGAUGCUCCCCCCUCCUCAGACCCUCAGCCGUCAGCAGCAGUACAACCUCCUCCUCCUCCUCCUCCUCCACCUCCUCCUCCACCACCACCUCCAGCACCUCCUCCUCCACCCCUGCUGCCUUCUGGAGGUGGUGCGACCCAGCAACCACCAGAAGUGACUGAUGUGAGCUCAGGCUGUAAAAAUAAGAAAGCGGUUCAAACCAAAUACCGCAUGCCACUGCUGAACUGGCAGACGCUCAAACCAAACCAGGUGACAGGAACCGUCUUCAACGAGCUGGACGACCAGCGAGUCUUAGAGGAGCUCAACAUGGAAGCUUUUGAGGAGCAGUUUAAGACCAAGGCCCAGUCCCCUCCUGUAGACCUGGAGACCCUCAAGACGAAACUGGCUCACAAGACUCCCAGUAAAGUGUCUCUAAUGGAGCCCAACAGGGCCAAAAACCUGGCCAUCACCCUGCGCAAGGAAGGAAUGGCUGCUUCCGACAUCUGCUGCGCAAUCGAGACGUACAACCAGCGAGCUCUGAGCCUGGACUUCCUCGAGCUCCUGGAGCGUUUCAUCCCCACAGAGUACGAGAUGAAGCUCAUCCACGACUACGAGUGUGAGGGCAGGCCCCUGGACGAGCUCAGCGAGGAGGACCGCUUCAUGGUGCACUUCAGCAAGAUCCCGCGGCUCUCGCAGCGAAUCAGCGCCCUCACCUACAUGGGCAAUUUCCUCGAGAGCGUCCAUCUAAUACAGCCUCAACUGAACGCCCUCAUCGCUGCCUCGAUGUCCAUCAAAUCCUCCAGCAAGCUGAAGAAAAUCCUGGAGAUCAUCUUAGCGUUUGGAAACUACAUGAACAGCAGCAAACGAGGGGCAGCUUACGGCUUCCGCCUGCAGAGUUUGGAUUUGCUGUUGGACACCAAAUCUACAGACCGGAAGCAGACGCUGCUGCACUUCAUCGUCAGCGUCAUCCAGGAGAAAUACCCAGAGGUCCAGUCCUUCUACUCGGAGCUGCACUUCCUGGACAGGGCGGCGCUGGUGUCUCUGGACAGCAUCCUGCAGGACCUGCGAGCUCUGGAGCGAGGCAUGCAGGUGACCGGGAGGGAGUUCUCCGAGGAACAAGACAACCCUGUGCUGCAGGCGUUUCUCAGCAGCAACACUGAGCUGCUGCACUCUCUCAUCGCAGAUGGAAAAACUGCACAGGACGUGUACGACUCUGCUGUGGAGUACUUUGGCGAGAACUCUAAAACCACUCCGCCCUCCAUGUUCUUCCCCGUUUUUGUCCGGUUCAUCAAGGCAUACAAGCGAGCUGAGCAGGAGAACGAGCAGAGGAAGACGCAGCACGUCCUGAUCUGUGAGGCUCCACCGACUCCACCUAAACCUGAAGUCAGCGGCAGCAAGAUGGCUCAAACCACCAAAAUAAGAAACCUGAAUGAUCCUUUCAAAGGUCAGUUUAGACGCGGUUGUUUGCUUCAGGUUUCCGUGACGCCCAAACUGCCCCAGAUGGACCUGAUAGCGGAGCUGAAGAAGAGACAGAUGUCUCCGCUGGUGAGGGAGGGGAAGGACGGCGCCAUCGAGGACAUCAUCACAGCUCUAAAGUCUGUGCCCUUCACGGCUCGCUCUGCCAAACGCUCCUCUCGUCUCUUCUGCGACUCCGUCUUCAGCGACGAGAUUUAAGGAAUCAGCCGUACAGACGGGCGGACGGCGGCCGACGCAGCGCCAAGUGGAAACCGGGACAACAGCUCAACGUGUCCUCAGACAUCUCGCUCUGAAAGCACCGCAGACCAAAAGCACAAAGAUGCACAACUCACCGCGGCAACGACGUCACCGUGUCAUGCAUGCGUGAGAGCGCAGAGGAGGAAGCGAUCAAAGCACAAACUGCUGAAUGAAGUGUAGAAACGUUCUGUGAUUUGACUAAUCAAAUGUUAAAGAGGGUGAAUAUUAGCUGCACUUGAUGCUAAUGACACUGGAGCUCAUUAAGACGAUUACAUGGAGGAAGGAGCCGUUCAGCUGAUCUGUAACACGACUGCUUCAUUACUGCUGCUCACCAAUUACAGCCCGACUCUUCAGAGGCAUCAGAGAUAAACGCUGACGGACGGGCCGCUCAUAAAUCAUUCCGAUCGCUUUCUUUAAACUGCUCCAGACAUGAUUUUUUUAAAAAUUGGGUUUAUUUUAAGUGGAAUAUUAAUUAAAAGCUGUCCAUCUUUCUGCCUUCAAGUAGGUCUCCGAGAUUUAGGCUGCAGAUUUGUAAAAUAUUUAAAUUAUUUUUAAUACUGAAGUGUCUGAAUGAGGAACUUCUACUUUGCUUCUGCAUUUCAAAAAAUAAAACAUUUUAUACCGUU